AUGUUCUCUGUGGCCAUGAAGGGCAGCUCGUGGCGGAUGUCUCUCGAUGACUUUGGGGAGUGCCACAAGAAAAUCUGCGUUCUCUCCCAAGAUGCAGCAGCUGUGGUUAAACAGGAAGGUGGAGACAAUGACCUACUGGGCAGAAUCCAGCGAGACCCCUACUUUGCACCCAUUCUAGGGCAGCUGGAUGCUUUGCUGGACCCCAAGACCUUUAUUGGGUGUGCUCCACAGCAGGUGGCAAAGUUCCUGACUGAAGAAGUACGCCCCCUACUGGAGCCAUACAAGUCUAAUAUGGACGUCAAGGUUGACUUUGUGGUUUCAACAGUGACGGGCAAAUGAAGCUAUCUGAAGCAUUGACGGUUAUAUUGAAAAACUGUUCAUUACGCAAAGCUUUUCACACACCGUUGUGUUUGGUGACAUCUGGUGGCCAAAAAUAUGAAGAGCAGCUUGAAUCUACAACUUAUAAUGAAGUGCUUCAUUGUGAUUGGCCACUUUACAGCGCUGAAUUGACAGCCUCUGUCUAACAUGAGGCUGAUAUGGUGCUUUGAACAUGUAUAUAU